GUGCUCCAGCAUUGGUGUCAGUGGGGGAAUAGUGCUCCAGUAUUGGUGUCAGUGGGAGGAAUAGUGCCUCCAGCAUUGGUGUCAGUGGGAGGAAUAGUGCUCCAGCAUUGGUGUCAGUGGGAGGAAUACGUCAAAUCAUUGGUGUCAGCGGGAGGAAUAGCGCCCCAUCACUGGUGUCAGCGGGAGGAAUAGCGUCCCAUCAUUGGUGUCAGCGGGAGGAAUAGCGCCCCAUCACUGGUGUCAGUGGGAGGAAUAGCGCCCCAUCACUGGUGUCAGUGGGAGGAAUAGCGCCCCAUCACUGGUGUCAGUGGGAGGAAUAGCGCCCCAUCACUGGUGUCAGUGGGAGGAAUAGCGCCCCAUCACUGGUGUCAGUGGGAGGAAUAGCGCUCCAUCAUUGGUGUCAGUGGGAGGAAUAG